AUGGACCCUGAGGCCGGUGGCCCAGCGGGGAGUCCUCGCCCGGUGCGAGGUCGGCCCCGGUUCCGACGGCGAGGUGGAGCCGGUGGCCACUGCGGUCGUCGACCGGCCGCUGCCGGUGGAUGUGGGCUCGUCGGGCUAGGUGAGCUCGUCGGCGGAAUCCGCGGUUCGGGGUCGGCGUCGGAGGCCGACGAGGUGGCCGACGAGGUGGUGUUGGCGGUGGCCAUGGCAGCCAAGGCGGCCCUGGAGGUGACGGACAGGGAGGACCCUCCGGGUGGAGGUGCCGCGGCGCUUGCGCACCAAGGUGCGGGCUACCUCGGGCAGGUGGCGGAAGGUGGGGAAGCGGAGGCCGAGCGCCCUUCCGCUGAGGAGGCGCGUGUGGAGCGCCUCCAGCAGGAACUGCAGGUCGCCAAGCAGGCGGCCAUUGAGGCCAAAUGA